UGUCAAAAUGUUCCUGUCAAUUGUUGCACGUCCUUCGCUUGCAUCGGUUGCUCUACAACAAGUUGGUCUGUCCUCAACCCUCACGGAGACCAUGAGUGGAGAUGUGGUGGCUACUUGGGAAGUCCCUCUACCUGACGGUGUACACAAGGUGGAGUUUCAGCAUGGCACCGCUAGUGGGAAACGUGUCAUUAUCGUGGACGAGAAGGAGAUAAUGAGGAAAGACUGGAUGUUUCGUCUAGUUGGAGAGGAGGUGUUCUACCUAGGCAAGACCAAGUUUACUGUUAGAGUGGACCCCAGCGGAGGUUUUGCUUACGAGUACUCACUACUGGUCGACGGCAAGAGUCUGAACAAGUUCAUUGAGGCCAAAUCAAAAGCUUGUUGCACAUGGUUGGUGCAACUCUCUCAAGAUAUGUACAGAGUUGUUUUAGAAAAAGACACUCUUGAUGUUUGGGCAAAUGGAGAAAAGCUUGAUGUUGCAGGCGAGUUUGUAGAUGACGGCACAGAAACUCAUUUUCAUCUUGGAUCGACCCCUGCUUACAUUAAGGCUGUCACCAGUUGUAACAAAAGAGAAGGCCUCAUAUACUCCCUUAUUGUCAAUGAAACAGUAAUCCCUCCAACAAACGAUUAGAGGUUCACAACAUUGCUUAUAUUUGAACCUAUUAUAUCAUGAUUUGAAUUUGUAUGAAGGUUGUUCAGAAAGUAAGGAACGUUUCCGUCUG